AUGCAAUGGGAGAAUCCGAUUGACGGAUUGCCUAACAAACUUGCAGAAACUAGUCAUGAAAAUCGUGGGUUAGAUCUCCUGUAUAGCUAUGAUGAAGGGAAUAAACAUCUAAAUCUCAAAAAUUCAAAUAAUAAAUCCAAAAAUUUAGCAAAAGAAGACUUAGAAUCAUACAUUACCAAAGUUUCUAUGCAUAAUAAGUACAUGGACUUCUUUAAAUACGUCAAUUUUGCUCUUCCGACAGAAAAAAUUACACAGCCAAACCCAAAUACAUACUAUUGUGUCGAUGGAUUUACACCUCGACUAUACCUUGACAUCAUGCAUAGCUCUGGCAUACCAGAAACUAAAUAUUAUGACGAAGCAACAGUAAUUGUUGGAUCAUCUAAAGGACCACCACUUCAGAACAUAUUGAUGCCAAACCAACGAAUCGAGAGAUUCCUUAGAACAUUCAAAAUCGGCUCAAAAAUCGGUCUACAUGCCAGUUUAACCAUCUACAGACAACAUACUCGCAAAAAUCUUCCAUUUUAUCCACAAACAUACCUUAUUCCUGAAGAAAUGGAUUCUUUCAAGAAGCAUUUUACAGACCACGAGAUCUGGAUCGUCAAACCUACAGGCGGUUCAUGUGGCCGAGGAAUUUUUUUGAUAAACGAGAUGCCAGAAAAGUUUAAUGAACAAUACAUUGUUCAACAGUACAUUUCCAACCCAAUGCUUGUCCACGGACUCAAAUUCGACUUGAGAUUCUAUGUUGCCAUGACAUCUCUUAAUCCUCUUCGUCUUUACAUUUAUAGAGAUGGAUUAGUUCGUCUUGCAACUUCAGAUUACAAAAACUGUCAAAAUGAUUUACAAAAUCUUUCCGCCCAUUUGACAAAUUUCACGUACAACAAAGACAAGCCAGGCUACAAGUACACGGACGACUUGAAGUUCGAUGGCGAAGGCAACAAAUGGUCGCAUGAUCCAUUGUGGCCAUUCUUAAGACAGCGUGGAUAUGAUACCGACAAAAUCCGGAAAAACGCAGAAAUCGCAAUUGUUACAGCUUUCAUUGCUAGUCGUCCAUACUUUUUUGACCAGAAAUAUCCAAGAGUGUCUACAGAACUUUACGGUGUCGACAUGAUUCUCGAUGAUAAAGGAAAUGUCUUCAUGGAAGAAGUCAAUGUUGCUCCUGCUCUUGGAACUAAAUCUAAAUUGGACAUCAAAAUCAAAGCACCACUUUUGACUGAUUUCCUCAAUUUGUCGUUGAUUCCUGAGAGAACAGAAUUGUCUAAUUCACUUGAAGUUCUUAUGGAAAGCAACAAGAAACUCUCUGAAUAUGUUAUAUGUCGAGAGUUCGAAGAAGCUGAAAGAAGACUUGGAGGGUGGCACAGAAUUUAUCCUACAAUGGAAACUGUUUCAAUCGAAAUGCCAUCGGAAACACAUUUUGACAGAGUCUUGAGAAGAUGGAUUGCAAUGAAUUAUGCAGGAAAACUUAAGUACUUGAAAGACCGUGAAUCAAAUCUUAGCUCUGUGCUUUCUAUGGUUGAAUACGUAACAACACCAUGCACAAUUUGUUAA